AGUAAAAUGAGGAACCAGCUGUUACUUGCACAACAACAUGAAAACGAACAGGAAGCAAUUUCUGAUCUGGGCCAAAUACUAAACUGCUGUUAUUGUGAACUGCAACUGAACACAAAGUCUUGGAAAUGGAAUCAAUGCAAAAUUUACACGUUGAAAGGUCUGUGAGCUGUGACUCUGAAGUAUCCGUCUAUGCAGAUGCCAUGCCAGAUAUAAGAGCUGCAAGUGAUAUAGAGAGUGAUGAAUGUGUGGAGGAAGACGAUGACUAUUAUCAGUCUGAUAGCUCUGAUCACAAAGAGGAAACAAUGCAUCAUCUCUUGCAUAGAGAUUUAGAUAUACUUACGUUUCUGUAUGGUGACAAUUCUGUACAAUACAGAAGGUUUGCUGCUUUAGACGAGAUUGAUGUGGACUUACACAUUCCAAUAAGAUUUCUUGACAGUAUUUUUGCUGAUGCUUGGAAAGUGAACAAAAGUGAACCAUUAAUUGUGAGGCUUCAUUUGUCCUCAGGUUCAUACAUUGAGUCAUCAAGAAUACCAGCCAUCGCAGUAUUUCAGCCUUUAAAUACAAAGAAUUUUGGAUUCGGCUGUCAAAUUCAAAAGAUUAUUGAAAAAUAUUUAACUCAGCAUUGGGCACAAUUAUACCAUGAAUAUGAAAACCAUUGUGAAAAAUUGUCUGCACAAAUGGAGGUGGAAGACAUGAGUUCUAAGUGUGCUACAUCUGUUGCAAAGCUUAUUGAUAUGGGGUUUGAGAAAACAAGAGCUGAAAAUGCAUUGAAUAUUGCUGGUGGACACAUUAUUGAAGCCUCAAAUUUACUGUUAGAGCACCCUGAUAAAUGUGGCCCUGAUGUCAAUUUAGAUAAGUCAGCAAUGGGCGCUGAAGACACACAGCUCAAGCAUUCCAAUGUUACAAGAGACCUGAACAAGUCCGGUUUAGUAAAGAGACAGUCAUCACAUCCUGGUGGAAUCACUAAGGAAAAGUUUUGGAGUUAUUUCAAGCGAACAAUGAGUCACGUAGGAAGUAAAAGUCCAAGCAAAAGUAUGGAGGAUUUAAAUUUGAUGCCUUUACAAACUAAAGAUGGAUGUGAUGUUCAAAUUGCACCAAGUAUUGCAGAUGGAUUUUUAGUUCAACUUUUCCGUUAUGUUCGACAAAGAAUACCAACUGUAAAUGAAUACUGUGUGAUUUGCGAUGAAAGGCACAUAUUUCACAGUAGUGCGAUGUUAAAGCCAACCGUUUGCCAGAGGGAAUUGUGCGUGUUUGCAUUCCAGACACUGGGUGUCAUGGCCAAUGCUGCUGAAGACAUUGCCACAGACGCUGAAGUUAUUGACUUGCUUAUCCACAUGACACGGCUUGCCUGCAAAUCAAGUAGACGCGAGCUAAUAUUUGAUCCCUUUCCUACUGUUGUAGAUCCUUGUAAUCCAAGUGAGCUUUUGUUUAACCCAAAAGAGAAAAACUUCAAUGCAGUGCAAAAGGUGAUUGACAGUAUUCCUGCUAUGGACAAGAUGAUCGGCAAGUCUGCUUCACUGAAGAGAGAUAUGGAUGCAACCAAUCCAUUUAUGUAUCCAUUCGUACAGUGGAUAAUAACAAGCAAUAGGUCGCACAUUGUCAAGCUACCACAAGAGAAGCAAUUGCCGUUCAUGAAAACGCAACACCAGUUCCUUCUCAUAUCUAGCCCACCUGCAAAGGAAAUGGUUUUUCAUGAAGCCAAAAAGCAGUAUAACAGUACAUUUGCAUUUCACGGCUCAGCUAUUGAGAACUGGCAUUCAAUUAUCAGACAAGGGCUUAUAAACGCUUCGGGGACAAAAUUUCAAGUGAAUGGAGCAGCUUACGGUCAAGGAAUAUAUCUGAGUCCAAAUGCCUCCACGUCGAUGGGUUACUCGCAAAUGGUGGGAUAUAGCAAUCCAAAGGACAAGAAGUCGAAAACUGAUGGCAGCAGAUUUUUAUCGGGUGAUAACAUAAGGUGUAUUGCUAUUUGUGAAGUGGUCCUUGGAAAAAACCUUAAAAAGAAUCAAAGCAUCUGGGUGAUGCCAAAUCCUGACUAUGUCUGCACAAGGUUUUUCUUUGUGUAUGAAAAUGGAACAGCGCCAGACAGUAGCGUUGUAACAACAGAUCUUAAGAUCUUGGAACAGUUGAGACAGGCCUGUAAUGCCAUCUGACUUCAGUAUCAUGCCACUAUGCUGGCUGUUGGUGUAGUUACCUAUUAUUGAACUUUUGCAAUGAAAAACAUAUGUAUUCUUAUUGAAACUGUGAUAAUCAACCUAUAGUAGCUUUUUGGUUUGCUUCCAUGUUGAAUAUGUAUUUUAAGCUUACCUGAGCAAUGCAUUUAGUAAGCAUUUGUGUGUAAAGUGUUUGUUAUAUUUCUUAGCUGUUGUUAUGACUAUACAUACAACUGGUCUCGUCAAUCAAGGUCGACAAAUAAAUGAUCAAGUAGAGAAGUAAAUUCUUUUACGUA